AAGCUACGGACCAAUAAUCAAUUUUUUAUGUUUGUCUAGUUCCAAAUGUAUUCAAAAAAUCACCAUUUAAGACAUUUGACAUUUUCAAUAUAACAGGUUGCAACGGUAUUAAUGCAAUUUUGGAUUUAAAUUUCCAUAUAAGCACGAUAAAAUGUCAAAAUAAAUUUCAGUUCUCAUUUUAAUCUAUUUCAUGAUACACAACCAACUAGACAAGAUGAAUAUUGGAUUAAAACUUUUGGUGCUCCUGAUUUUAGUGUGUAAUUUUGUUAAUUUGCAAGAAUCUCCUGAUGUAUUCCCAAAAUGUGGAAGACGCUCGAAAAAUUUUGAUCAAUGUAUGAUUAAGAUGAUGAACACUAUCAGACCUCGACUAGCGACAGGAAGAUUAUCCCGCGACUGGAUAAUUGACUCAGUUGAUCCGUUCUACCUGAAUGAGACAGAAAUCACAAAAACUCAAUUUUUUACAUUCACAGUCUAUGAUAUCUACAUGAGUGGUACAACAAACUUUGACUUAAUGGAUAUAAAACAUGAGCUGAACGGAAAUCACCUUCGAGUCCUAGAUCGAGUUCAAAUCCCAGAAGUAAAAUUUAAGCUCAAGUACAGAGUCACAAGUCCAAUUUUGGGUCGAAUCCCUUUGACAGGAGAUAUGAGCUAUUCAAUGAAAGAUUUUAAAGUUCAUGGUGAUACAGGAGUUAAGUUCUACAAACGCGAUGGUGUUGAGUAUGCGGAAGUUGUUUCAGUCAAACUUGUUAUUGAUAACACAAAAUUAGAUAAUGUGAAACUGACGCUGCCAGUUGGAUUUGAAUAUAAACUUGGACCAUUAUCGAAAACUUUUGUAAAAAUGUUUGGUCAAGUUAUGUCGAAAGUUGCUUAUAAGCUUUUAGAGAGAAUUGUGGACAAGACACAUAUUGAUACAGUGAAUAGAUUUUUAGCUAACACACCAGCUGAUACGUUCUUCCCAGAUAGUGAAUAAAUUAGCCAACGGAUUGAUUAUUUUUUUUGAUCUGUUC